UCUAUAGAAAAUAAAAGCCAAAAGCAGAAAUAUUACACAAUUAUUAGUCUACCCAAAAAAAAGGUGUGGUUUUUCACAAUAAGAAAACCCCUUAACAGUUGUGAAAAUGACAACUUAAAUUAAUAAUUAAACUAAAUAAAAAGAAAAUUAACAAAAAAAAAAAAAAAACCAACAAAAUAAAAGAAAACUAAAUGAACUCAAGGAAUUUUGCUACUUAGUUUAAGAAUCGAAAAACAAAAGAAAAAAAAAAAAAAGAAUUCAAUACUAAAAAGUUUAACUGCUGCUAAAACAUAACUUUUCGCAAAUAUGGCUUGGGGUUAUUGGAGUGCUACCACGGUGGAUCGUGGUCGUUCGCCGCGUCGUAAUACCCAAUGCACUCCUUUACCCGUCAACCUACAACAGCCCGAGGAAGAACCUUGUGUUACCACCACCACGACAGCGGCUGCUGCGGCGGCGGCGGUAACACAACCUUCCACAACCACAAAUGCUUCGAAUACAUGUCCUAAUACACCCUCGGGUACACAAGCCAAUCUCUGCUACAGUCCCACCUGUCGCAGUCGCUGCAGUAGUCCGUGUCCGGGUAGUCCUUGUCCCGGUAGCCCUUGUGGCUCUAUAACUCCGCCGCCUCCGCCACCACAUCCUCUAACAUCAUCACAACAGUAUUUACAUCAGCAUUCAAAUAAAAAUUGUCCAGCUGCACAGCAAAUGUUUGCAGCGGAUGAUUAUCCUUCGCGUCGUCAAUCGCUGGAUCGUUUGGAUAGUCCUCAGGUAUGGACUUAUACUAAGUCCAAAUAUUUUGAUAUACAGGCCAAUCAACUAUCAGACAUUAUGUGCCGCGGUGCGGUGGUAUCUUCCAUACAAUCAGCCAAUAACACGUUGACAAGAGGUGUAUCACUGCACAGUCGCAGCGGCAGUGCUCAUGGUAGUAUACAUGGUGGCGGUAGCCAUCAUGGCAGCCAUGGUGCUGUCGGUCCCGGUAGCGCCCAUGGUUCCAUGGGCUGUUUGCAGGGCAGCACGGGACAUCUGGUGAAUGUGGUACACGGCAGCAGUGGCAGUGUGGGCAUGUUGGCCGGUGGUCCUAUUGACACGGGCGAUUAUGAUGUACCACAUCCACAUCCUUAUACACAUCAUUAUAUGCAAACAUCAUCGUCGAUAACACCGCCACAUUCCACUAUGAGUUUGAUCGGCUCUAGGCCAGGAUCAGCUGGUCCAUGUCCUGGUCAUGAUUCUGGUUCCGAUUCUAGCCAAGGUUGUGGCUCAAUUAUGGCAAGCGGUAUUGGCAGCGGUGGUGGUGGUCACCUGGGCCAUAUGUCCGCCCAUUUAGUGGGCAUGUCGGGUGGUCAUCAUACUCACAGUGGCGGCAGUGGUUCGUUGGGACGUUGUUCGAGUCGCUGUCACAAUACCACCACUACGACCGAUGAUUCGGGUGGCGGUAGUGGUGGUAGUGUCUUUGGCAGUGGUCCCUGUAUGGGAGGCCUAGAACAGGCGGCAACACAUCAACAUCAUCACAUCGUUAGACACGGCAGUGCCGGUAGUGGUCUAAAUGGUUGUGGUAGUGGUGGCAGUGGAGGACGUAAUAGUUCUCUCAGUACCAUACACAAUGGUCAUGGUCAUCAUCAGUAUCAUCAUGAGUGUAUACAUUAUGAACGUCUGCCCAUACCAGUGCCCAUACCCACUGUGCCAACUACACAUCAGCAACAGCAAUUGCAAUCGGAGGAGGAAAUUGAACCGGCGUAUGCAACAGUUUUCCCAAAUGUUCCUGCAGCACCUGGUUCAUUAUGUGAUGGUGAAGAUCGCAGCAUUUAUCGACGGGGUGCCAGAAGAUGGCGCAAACUGUAUAGGGUUAAUGGUCAUAUAUUCCAAGCUAAACGUUUUAAUAGACGUGCAUUUUGUGCUUAUUGCCAAGAUCGCAUCUGGGGUCUGGGACGUCAAGGUUUCAAGUGCAUACAAUGCAAACUGUUGGUACACAAAAAAUGCCAUAAAUUGGUUAAGAAACCCUGUUCGAAUGAGGAUGUCAAACCGUUGGUGCCCAAGGGUGCGGAAGAUGAUUUCGCCGAGCAGCUACCACAAAUGCCACCACCCAUACCCGAUUAUCCACCCAUACAUCCGGGAGCCGAUGAAUCCUGCAUCUCUUCGGAUCCAGAGUAUAUGCCUUCGGCUUCUAGUGGUGGCGGAGUGGGCGGUUAUAUGGGUUCACAGAAUAAGGAGGAAAUUGAAAUGGGUUCACAGCGUCAAUUCUCUUUGGAUGAUUUCGAAUUGAUACGUGUCAUUGGUCGUGGCAGUUAUGCCAAGGUCUUGAUGGUGGAACUGAAAAAGACUAGACGCAUCUAUGCCAUGAAGGUUAUUAAGAAAGCUUUGGUUACGGAUGAUGAGGAUAUCGAUUGGGUGCAAACGGAGAAGCAUGUUUUUGAAACAGCCUCAAAUCAUCCUUUCCUGGUGGGUUUACAUUCGUGCUUCCAGACACCAUCACGUCUAUUCUUUGUUAUUGAAUUUGUGCGCGGCGGUGAUCUUAUGUAUCACAUGCAACGUCAAAGACGUUUGCCAGAGGAACAUGCUCGCUUUUAUGCAGCCGAAAUAAGUUUGGCUUUGAAUUUCUUGCAUGAGAAGGGUAUUAUAUAUCGUGAUCUGAAGCUGGAUAAUGUUUUGCUAGAUCAUGAGGGUCAUAUUAAACUAACCGAUUAUGGCAUGUGUAAGGAAGGCAUACGCCCAGGUGAUACCACUUCCACCUUCUGUGGCACACCCAAUUAUAUAGCUCCCGAAAUUCUAAGGGGUGAGGAUUAUGGUUUUUCGGUAGAUUGGUGGGCUUUGGGUGUGUUGCUGUAUGAAAUGUUGGCUGGACGCAGUCCCUUCGAUAUAGCCGGGGCUUCAGAAAAUCCUGAUCAAAACACUGAGGAUUAUCUUUUCCAAGUCAUUUUGGAGAAAACCAUACGUAUACCACGUUCUUUAAGUGUUAAAGCUGCUUCGGUUCUUAAAGGUUUCUUAAAUAAAAAUCCAGCCGAUCGUUUGGGCUGCCAUCGUGAGACCGCCUUUAUGGAUAUUAAAAAUCAUCCCUUCUUUAAGGUUAUUGACUGGGAAAUGAUUGCACGUAAGGAAGUACCACCACCAUAUAUACCUACAUUUGAUCCUGGCGAUCCUUUUAUGACAACAAAUUUUGACAUUCAAUUUACCAGAGAACCGGCUGAAUUGACGCCAGAUGAUCCUCGUGUUAUUGAUAAUAUAGAUCAAUCUGAAUUUGAAGGUUUCGAAUAUGUUAAUCCAUUGUUAAUGUCUUUGGAAGACGAAGUUUGACAUCACGAGUUUUGUGACUUACAUCCCUAUAAUAUGCGUCUUUAUGGCGAAGAUUCCAGUGACUAUGAUUCAGUUGCUGAUGAUUUAAGUUUAUUACGUUUAAAUGCUCCUAAUAAUAAUUUAAUUACACAUUUAAAUAAUUAUACUAAUAAUGAUCACCAACAACAACAAACACAACAGCCACAACAACAACAAUUACAUCAACAUCAUCAUUUACAUCAUGAGCAAUUACAACAUACGCAUGAUCCUCAACAACAGCAACAGUAUCAAGAUCAGCAACAACAACAACAUUCUCAUAAUGCACAUGUUUUGCCUUCCAUUAAACUAAUCUAAAACUCUCUCCCCCCCCCAAAACCAAUAUCGAAACAAACAAACAAUAUAACUACAACAACUACUACUACUACUAAACAGCAACAAAGAACAACUUAAAAAUCUGAAAAAAGUUAAUAAACGAAAUUAAAAGCCUAUAACUUCUAUUUCCAUGUUAAGAAUUAAGAAACAAAAAACACAACAAAUACCAUAUGUAUCAUCAUAAUUUUAAUAAGAAAGAGAGGAGGGAGGACACUUCUAAAAAUCGUAAAAAACACUCAGUAUAAGAAAAGAUUUCAAGAAACAAAAAAUAUUAUAAUAUUUAUAAAACAAAAGUAAUAAAUAAUAAUAAUAAUAAUAAAACGUUAACGUAAAAGACAUGUAUGUACACAUUUUUCUAUUCCACAACAACGCAUUAACUCUUAAGAUUAUAUACUAAAAAAAACAACAACAACAACAAACAAAAUAGAUUCGUUUAUAAUUAAUGAUGCAUUAAAGAGCCUAAUGAAAGUUUAUUAAGAUUAAAGAAAUUAACAAAAUAAAACGAAAAAUUACAAUUUUGAAAAUUAAAAAUAUUUAGUUGUUAGAAUUAGUAUUGAUUUGAAAACAGUUCUAGAGUUUAAAGAAAAGUUUGCUGGACUAAAAUAUAAUGCCAUUAAGGUUUUGAGUAGUUUCAGAAAGAAUUAGUUUAAAAUUUGAACUUUCAUUACAAGAUUUUCAAAGUUAAAAGGUUUCGAUUAAGAGGAUGAUCGCUGUGAUUGUAUUUAAUCAGUUAGAUGAGAAGAUUUCACCAUUUCAGCGAAAUUCUUAAUUGAAUUCUGAACGUAUGACGUUUAAAUACAAUUUGCAAGACCCUAAACUACAAUAUAGUAAAAUUAACAAAUUUGCAAGACUAAAAAAAAACUAGACAAAAUGUAUUUUCAAAUUUUUAAAGAAAUUUUGAUUUUCAUAAUCAAUUAACAAUAUAAUUGCCCUUGUAAACCUUGCAAAUGUACUAAAUCUAACAUAAAUGCUAAAAUUUACCAUAAUAAACAAUUUGCAAGGCUUUAAAUACAAAAUAGCAAAUUUACAAGACCUAAAAACCAAACAAAAAGCGAAUGUGUUAUCUAAUUUUUCGAACAACUUUGGAUUUUUAUAUAAAACUAACAAAUUAUUAGCCUUGUAAACCUUGCAAAUGUAAUAAAUAUAACAAAAAUGUUUCAAUAUAGCUAAUAAACCAUUUACAAGGCUCUAAGUACAAAAUAGCAAAUUUACAAGACCUAAAAACCAAAUAAAAAUGAAUGGGUUUUCCAAUUUUCUAAUAACUUUGGAUAUUUAUGUACAACUAACUAUUUAUUAGCCUUGUAAAGCUUGCAAAUGUAGUAAAUUUAAAAAAAUGCUAAAAUUUACAAUAAUGAACAAUUUGCCAGGGCCCCAAUUACAAAAUAGCAAAUUUGCAACAUUAAAAUCCAGACAAAAACUUAAGUAUUUCUAAUUUGUAUUUUUUGCUUAGAUUUUUUUUAUAAAACUAACUUUUUGUAUGCCUUGUAAACCUUGUAAAUCUAACAAAAUCUAACAAAAAUGCUAAAAUUUACCUUAAUGAACAAUUUGCAAGGUUCGAACUACAAAAUACCAAAUUUACAAGACUUAAGAAAGCCACAUAAACUCAAAUUAUUUUAUUAAUUUUUCAAUUAAUUUUGAUUUUCAUACGAAAUGAAUAAAUUUUCAUCCUUGUAAACCUUGCAAAUGUAAUAAAUCUUUAAUAAUCUUCCCAAUGUUCAAACAACUUGUGAUUUUUAUACUAAUUUUAGUAUUUUUGACUAUUGCAAGUCUGUCAAAUGUAGUGAAUCUAGAAAAAUCACUAAAUACAUGAUUUACUAUAUCUAAAACAAUUUGCAAGACUUUAAAACAUGUAGCAAAUGUAGACAAUUGAUGAGAAAAGCUGUAAUUUGCAAGUUAACAAACAAAUAUUUAAUUUACCAAGUUUACAAGGGCUUGUAAAUAUGAAACAUCUGAACCAUCGCAUUAAAUCUUCAUAGUAAAUUACUCUAGCUAACAUAGCAAUUCCGAAAUUUACUUUUCGUUUUUAGUUUAGGGAUUUUUUAUGAUAUUGCAACCCUAGCAAAUAUUGCAAAACUAUUUAAAUGCCUGCACUUUAUAAUAAAACCACAAAAUAUUUCAUUUACUAUACCUAAAUUUAUUUACAAGUCUUUAAAACCUAACAAACAGGUCUUGUAAAUAUAAGAAAUCUUUAAAAUCAUGCAGAAUUUCAUAUGCAAACAUAUGCAAGGUCUUGUAAAUAUAUUAAAAGUAUAUAAAAGUAAAAUAAAAUAUGAGAAAUUGAAAGUUAUUAACCUUAAGUAUAUUUGCAAUAACAGAAAUGGGCAAAAAAGGUCUUGUAAAUGGCUAAAGUUAGCAAUGAAUGAAAAAAUAUUUUAUUACUUUUGCGUUUUUGCCUUUUUAAAAAAUAAUUUCUUUUAAAAAACAAAAUUUUAUUUACUUUACAGUAGUUAACUGCCCUUGUAAACCUGGCAAACAUAGUAAACUAACCUUGCAAACAUGGCAAACUUAAUUAGUUUUAUGCUAGCAAUUGCAAUAAACACGAAAUAACGAUUUACUAUACUUAAGUAAAUUUACAAGGUCUUGCAAAUGUAUAAAAAGUAUGUAAAAGUAAUAUAAAAUAUGUGAAAUUGAGAGGUAUAACCUUUAAGAGUAUUUGCAACACCAAAAAUAAACAAAAAAGGUCUUGCAAACUGUUAAAAUCUGAUGCCUAGAACUGUUUUGAAAUUAAUAUUAAACAAAAACCAAAAAAAAAUUCUCUUUCUAUUUGAAAAAAUGAUCCGAUAACUAAAAAGUAUAUAAAAAAAGAACAACUUUACUAAAAUGCAAUAGCUUAUGAUUAAAGAAAAACAACAACAAAAGAAA